AUGGCCGAUAAAAUACUCUGUAAGAAGAUCCCUUACACGUUCCAAGAUCCGACACUGUUGGACACGAGGUCCUUUAUAGGGGGAAAAUGGGUCGAUGCAGUCAACGGUGACAAGUUUGCUGUUCUCGGUAAGGAUACCAUUCCCUCCUGCGAGAUACAGGCCGUCCGAUCAUCCACCUGGGACAUUGAGAGGAGGAUGACUACGAGGGAAGGAGAGAUUGGCUCACUCUCGACAGACCCGACCGACAACGAAAAGAUCUGCGACGUGGCGGACGCGGGUCGCGAGGAGACGCGCCAGGCCCUCGAAGCCGCGCAGGCGGCGUUCAAGACGUACAAGAAGACGACGGCGCGGGAGCGACGGUGGCUGAUGCGGCGGUGGGCGGACCAGAUCCGGCUGGCCAAGGACGACCUGGCGGCCAUCUGCACGCUCGAGCUGGGCAAGCCGUACACCGAGUCGCACGUCACGGUCAAGUACGGGACCGACUUCCUCGACUGGUUCGAGGGCGCCAUCGAGCGGCAGUACGGCGAGACGGUGCCGGCCGCGAGGGGUGAGAACCGCAUCAUGACCAUCCGCCAGCCCCAGGGGGUCGUCGCGGCCAUCACGCCCUGGAACUCGCCCAUCGCCAUGGUGACGAGGAAGGUCGGCGCCGCCAUCGCCGCGGGCAACACCGUCGUCUGCAAGCCCGCCCCCGAGACGCCCCUGUGCGCCAUCGCCGUGGCCAAGCUCUUCGAGAGGGCCGGCGGUCCCCCGGGCGUCUUCAACGUCGUCACCUCCAGCGCGGCAAAGUCGGCCCAGGUCGGCGAGGAGUUCACCCAGAACCCCAUCGUGCGCCACCUGAGCUUCACGGGGUCCACGGCCGUCGGGCGCCACCUGCACGCCGAGUGUGCAAAGACGUUUAAGAAGACCAGUCUGGAGUUGGGAGGGAAUGCGCCCUUUAUCAUCUUUGAGGAUGCGAAGCUGGACAAGGCUGCCGAGGGUCUCAUCACAUCCAAAUUCCGCUCGUCAGGCCAGACGUGCGUGUGCGCGAACCGGAUCCUCGUGCACCGGUCCAUCAUCGACCAAUUCGCCACCGUGCUGGCCGACAAGCUCCGCAAAACCUUCCGCUACGGCUCCGUCUGGGACAAGCAGGUCAACUUCGGCCCGCUGUACGCGCCCAAGGCGUUUGAGAAGAUCGACGCGCAGAUCCGGGACGCGGUGAGCAAGGGGGCCAAGGUUUUUGCGAGGGGCGACGACGAAGAACGAGCGAAAGAGGUGUACGGACCAAACUUCUACCCACCCACCAUCGUCACGCACGCGACCAAGGACAUGCUCUUCAUGGCGCAAGAGACGUUCGGCCCGCUCGCGUUCCUCGUCCCCUUCGACACGGAAGACGAGGCCGUCGCGCUGGCCAACGACACGAGCGCGGGGCUCGCCUCGUAUUUCUACACCGAGGACAUUUCGCGGCUGUGGCGCGUCGCGGAGGCCCUCGAGUCCGGCAUGGUCGGCGUGCGCGUCGGGCUGAUCAGUGCGUGCGAGCAGCCGUUCGGGGGUAUCAAGGACAGCGGUGUCGGGAGGGAGGGCGGCCGCGAUGCCCUCGACGAGUACACGGAGGUCAAGAGCAUUACUGUUGGUCUCUGA